CAUUCAUGGCUGGUUAUUUUGCAAGCGGCGGCAGCCAAGCGGGGCGGCUCUUCGCGGGGGCGCACAGAAGGCCCCCGAAAGAAGCGCCGGGUCGCCCUUUUCGUCCCUCAGCCACGCCCCUCGCCGGGCGCUGGGUUUCUGCCCAGCCUGCCUCGCAGGGGGGAAGGAAGGCGGAGGGGUUUAGCGGCCCUGGGGACGCUUUUGAGAGAGGCUUCUCGAAGGUUCUCCUGUCCCCGUUCUGUGGAGAAGAGGCUGGGAGGAGCCCGCUGUCGGUCCCCCGAAAACCAAUACCUGAGGGCCACUUUUCGUUGCCUCCCUUUCCAUGUUGCUGGAAUCUCGACGGUGCCAGAUUUUGGAACAUAAUCCACUAGCAGCACGAUGGACUGGACUGUAAGACCACAUCAUGCCACCAACUUAAAAGGAAGAGAUUUCCAAGUUCAGGGACUGUACCAGUCACAGCAGGUUGCAUCUGGAUUUUCUCAAGCAAGUGCAUCAAUUCAAAAUUCUUCAGCUUACGUUGGAAAUGUUCAAGCUAUGAAAAUACAUUCUAGUACUGAGAACAUGGUGCCAAAUCAAGUAUCUUCUCAAAAUAAUGUGGGAUCCAACAACUUUCAGCCACCUCUCCUAAAGUCAUCAGUACCUGUUACAGGCUUUGGGACAGUGCAGCGUUUUGUUGGCCAGCACCCAGAUAUACGGGUUUCCAACAUGACUGGCCAAAUGACAUCUGGCAUGGCCAAGAACACCUGGCCAAAUUCUAAUCUGCAUAUUAUCUCCCAUGUAGCACCACAAUUUAGCACAGCAAAUCCUGUGCAGAGACCAGCAAAUCAGUAUAUAACCUCAGAUAUGUACAAUAACCAGCCACAAAAAAAUGGUUCUAAUUCUAUACAAAAUUCAGUUUAUUGGGGUAACAUAAAUAGUUUAUGUUCAAAAAGGUUGCCAAUGAUAGUUCCCAAGCAUCGGCCUGCUAAUCCUCAAACACAUGCUACAGUGCCUCUUAACCAAGUAUCGAGCCAUUUUGUAAAUUCUCAGCAGAACUCUUCGUACCUUACUUUUUCUUCAGGGCAAAAUAUUCAAAACCAAAUAAAUGACAUAAAUUCUGGCUCUGCAACAGCUAUGCAAUCACAGCAGUAUGCCUCUAACUGUGCAUAUUCUUUACCAUAUACCAUACCUACUAAUCAUUAUGCAGCCCAGGUCAUCCCUCAGGCCACUGACACAAACCCACCACCACCGUAUGCAGUGCUUCCUAUACAAAUAAACCAUGGACAGUUUGUACUACCACAACCAGUUCCAAAUUCGUCUAAUGAAAAUGUUCAAAAUUCUCAGAAUCUUGCAUUGGAUCAAAGUAGCAUUUCAUAUUCGGUUCAGAAUCUUCAGACUCCUCAGUCUGCACCAAUCUCUAGAGAAACCAAUGAAAAAGGAGGUGCUGCAGAUAGUAUACAUGGGCAUAGCGCUGAAAACCAGCCUUUCGAUGAGUUGACAAAGUCGACGGUUGAGGCCUUAAAGGGUUUAUGUGACAGCCUUCAAAUACCAGGAACUGUUCCUCUUGAUAAAACGUCAACACCGCAGGCAUCUAGAAGUAUGGUAGAAGAUUAUACAGAUAAAAGCUCAGGAAAUGCUCUUGAUAGCUUAACUAAGUUCAGAGAAAGUCUAACGCUGGAUAUGAGAAACAUUCUUGCAAUGAGAAAUAAGUUAUUAAAUCUGCAAGGCCAAUUUAAAUUAAAACAACAAUUAUUUCGGUCUGUAGCACAGAAGUCAAAGGCCUCUGAUCCCUCUGUUCAUAAUCCUGAUCUUUUGUUUCCUAAAUCUAAUGCCAGUCCGCAAACUGCUCCACUGCCUCAAGCCACCCAGCCAACAUUUUCACCUCUGUCACAUAAUGCAGCUCAGAAUCCUACCUCCUUGCUUCCACAUGACAGUGCUCAGAAUCAGGCACCACUUCUUGCCUGUAGCUCCAGUCAAAUCCAAGACAGGUCUUUAUUGCCAUUGAAGAAAAGAAAUUACUCUAAACCAAUUCUUCAGGGUUUACUUAAAGGUACGUUUGAUGAAGAAAUGUUGCUUAAUACCCUUGUUGUUGCAAGUACUGAGAAAAAUCAGAGUAAACAGUUGUUUCCCCAAGAGAUGUGUUUUUCUGGUUCUGUCUUAGAUUCUAGUGAUGUUAAAUCUAAAACCUGUGUGAAUGAUAUGAAGAGAGCUUCCAGGCUGAGCCCUAAAACUUCACAAACUGUUUCUACCCAAGGGUCUUUGACAUCCACAAAUGUCAAUCUAGGUUUUGAACAAAUUUCUGCAUUGGGCAAGGAUCAGUUAACAAACAUGUCCGCCAUGUCUGGAGGAGGCAAUGGCUUUGUAUUGAACAAGGAUAAAGUGGGAACAACUGUUACUAAAAUAUUGACUGAUCCUCAGAGUACAGUUUCAGUUCAAAAUCCAGCUGAAUCUUCACAGUUAAGUGAAAAAUUAGCAAAAGAAGGAACUAAAAAUUCCCAGAAUCCUAGGUCUGAAUUUAUUCAGCAGAAUAAAUACCAUUGUUUCCAAACAACCGAGAAGAGCAUUACAGCUUGCAACAAUCAAAACUAUAUCCCUAGCUCAGCCUCUCUUAUUGCUGCUGUUCCAGAAGCAAGAAUAGUUCAGAGGUCAUCAUUUACGGGGAAUUCUUGUACCAUGGGAAAAACCUGUUCUUUGGAGGAGCUAGAAACAAGUCUUGCUUUGUGGAGGAAGAGCCCUGCUGCAUCUCUAAAUGAUCAGUUAGGUGGAAGUACAAAACCAACUAUGCAUUCAUCUUCAUUGGAUGGAGUAGAGGAUAAAGAGAUGAAAUAUACCAUGAAAAAUUUCCCAAAUGCAUUAACACACUAUGAGAAGUCUAGCAUUACAGUUGAAAAAAAUGAACCAAUUCUGUCUUCUGUUUCCUCAUCUCUUGGGCAAAAGCUUGAUGCUGUAAGUUCAAGUUCAUCAAAGAGCUCUGAACCUCAAGUAGCUAUUGUUCCUCCGUUAAUUCUAUCAAAAGAGGAAAUUUGGAAUGAAGUACAGGAAAAGAGUUUAUCUUCUGUGUUGGAAAAAACUUAUCCAGUUAUUUCAGAAGGCAGUGUACACAGUUUACAUGAAUUUGUUCUCACGUCGGAUACUGAUAAGCUGGUAAAAACUGCUGGUUCUCCAUCAGAUUCCUGUGUUACUGUAAAAGAAAUAGAGUCAGAUAUGUACCAGAAGCCAGUCAAAUGCACUAAAGAAAAUGGAAUACAGAGUGCUGAAAGUGGAACAGCCUGUUAUUGUAAUCAAAACCAGAGGCUAACUGGUUCUUUAGAACUGGAAAAAAAUACAUCCCAGCUCUACUCUAGAAAUAGUUUUCCACCAGGAACUAACAAAGAUAACUCAAGUCCAGUUUCUCAGAAAUGUCCUCCUAAAGGUAAUCCAGAUUUGGUAGAACAAGAAGGUACUGUGUUGAAUGAAAACAUGUUGCAGAUAUCCAGCGUGUGUACUUUAGUUCAAGGAGAUGCAUUGUACAAUUCACAAAUAGCUAAUAUCUUUAAUACUAGUUCUAAAGCAGAACACAACAUUUCUUCAGAGAACCAGGGGCCUGAUUCAUAUCAUGCAGAACCACAGUUGAGCCACUUGAGAAGAGAAUCUGGAAUGAAUGGGAGCACAUCUGUGGGAGAUGUCUUGUUACCCUCACUAUGUACCUUAUCAAAAACUAUUGCAGAAAAGCUGUUAAGCUUGCCAGGUUUAAAGAUGCCCAAAGGUGGUAAGGUGUCAGAUGAGGUGAAUGUAAGAGAGUCUGAGGAAGAAAAAAACACUGAAUUAAUCAAUCGUAAUUCUGGAAAGGUUUCUGAGCAAAAUAUGUCCUGCAAUGAUGUUCAUAGUAAAGAUCUGGCCAGUGGUAACCAAGAAGUACUUGGAAACAGCAUACCUGAUGAGAGUACCACACACAGUAUCCAAGAUGAUGUACCAAGUGAUGAGAAUCAAGUCCAUUCUGUGAACAAUAUUGACAUUGCUCUAACAUUGCUAAAUGAUCAGUUGACUGAACUCUUACAAGAAUUUCCUUAUGGAAUUGAUUCUUCCAAGGCAUUAAAGAACACUGAAAAUGAAGAUUCUGCAACUAAAAUAAAUGAGUUAAAAGAUGGACAAGAGAUUCAAACUUGUGGACAGAACUCUGAAGCUGGACCAAGUGAACUGGACCAAAUAAAAAUCACAAUAUUAAACUCUCAAGAAAUGAAAGAAUUAUUUCCAGAAUGCCGCAGUCAGUCCUCUAACAAACUGGAAAACAGAGAAAAUGAUGAGCUUGUGAUAGCUUCAGAAAAUACAAAUAAAAGCCAUAUUCACACCACACUUGUUGAGAGCACAAACACCUCAACUGAAACAGUCCAAGAGCCAGCAGGUCAUUCAUUUUGUUGUAUACCAGCUUGGUUAGCUUUAAAGUAUGCAGUGGAGCCUUGUAAACAUAUGUUGGCUAAAGAGGCUGCUUUAAAGCAGCAGUUGGUUCAGUAUUUGCCAUCUGAAAUUAUGAUUAAAGAGGGAUUAGAAACUGAGACUUCUAGUACUGAUUGUCAAUUAAAUAAUCAACAGCAGACUCCAUGUCCUAUUAGCAAUAACUUUCCUUCAGAAGUUGAAAGUAACAGAAUUUUGAGUAAAACCUAUGCAGGAAGAGAAAGUGACCUUCAAGAAAAGGAAUGUAAGCCACUGAAAGAUGAUAAUGGACUUACUCCACGUCCUUUCUUGGGGAAAUUAGAGCCUCAGAAACCGAAAAAUAAAGAGCAGGGCAUAGAAGUGCUAGAAAAAGUUCAGAUUGAUGGACUGUGGAAGCAAAAAUGUACAUUGGUUUCUCAAAGUCAAGAACAGUUGUAUUCAGUAAGAGAUUACUCAAAAAGGGAAUCUAUACGCUCUGCCUGUGAAAGAGAAUUGUCUGUCAAAAAGAGAACUUCAAGAGAGACAGUUGUUGAUAAAUCAAAAUCAAAUACUCUCCUGCGUAGACGUAUGGAAAACAAGCACAGUAAAAAAGAAUAUAAAAUUAAACGGGAUUCAAGUGAAACACACAUAAUUAAGGGACCAACUCGCACCUUUAAAAGGGGGUUGAAGAAACACAUCGCAAGUGAAGGAAAACAGAAAACUAAAGAAAGACCAUGUAGUAUUGUAACAGACUUUUCAAACUUAAGUAAUGUUGACUUGGUUUCCAAAGUGGACAAUAAUGCUCAGCAUUCCCGAGAACAUGUAAACAGACAGAAAUGCAAAAUUGAGAGCAAUUUGGAGAAUAACAAAACUGUGAGAAUGGAACAUAGGGAUUCCAAUAAUUCUGAGCCAGUUGAGCAGAAUAAAGGCAGCUUGGUAAGAACGAAUCUGAAGAAAUUUGCCUAUCCGGAAGAGAGAGGAAAUAUAUGGAAAUACAGAAGAUUACUUUCAAACACUUCUAAACUGCAAACGUUUAGAGGGCAGCUUCUUAAUAUGAACAAAGCUCUUUCUUCAAGCAAAAGGGGUGCUUAUAAGAGAGACAAGUGCUUUGUGAAAACUCUUUCUGAUAAAAAAUCACCUUGUGGUAAAAAAAUCAAUACACUCACGCUUCAGAGAGAGCAAAAGAAAAACUACUUGAAUAAAGUUGCAUUCAAGCAGAUGGACCAAAGCAUUUGCUUGACAGAGUUAGAACAAUCACCUUCCAAAUCUGCGUGGUAUGUAAAACCAAGCAAUGCUUCAGAACACCCUGAGAACAAAAACUAUAUUCUGUCUUCCCAGCAAUCUGAAGCGGUGAAACCCCAGAUGCUUGAAUUCAAGAUGUGUCCAGAAAUAGUGUUUAGAAAUUUGGUCUCUGAAGAUGUUUCAGAUGCAAAGAAACUUCCUGAAAAAGAGAUAAUUCCAGUUUCAGCUGUCAAAAGUAGAAGAGAAGACUGGUUAAAUUACAUUCCUCAAAAGAGAAGAAAAACUGAUGAAAAGGAAAUUCAAGUUGACGAUCGUAUUCCACUCGAUACUGCAAUGGAACUAUUGGAGAAGAAUGAAGUUAUCAGGAGCUCCAAUGCCACAUUUGAGACCUUCAGGAAGAUGCACCUGGAAAAAAGCCGAAGCCUGGAUAGCAGUCCUAUUAACUAGGCAUCCAUAGGUUUUGAGCCAUACCAUGGGAACACUGAUUGUGAUCUGCUUUACCUGACUGGACUGUGCAAUAGUGUGACAGUUUUGGCCAGACAAUAAUAGUUUGAUAUUGGCGCAGUGGAAAUCAGUAAUUGUACACUGUGUGUGCUUAAGUUCCAUUUUCAUUCAGGAAAUGGUCACAGUCUUGUCGCUGUGUCUGAUUAAAUAAUGGAGCAAUACCAUUUCAACUGGUAAUGUUCCUAAUCCACUUUAUUUCAUCCUCUGUAAUUUAUAAUGUUGAUAGAUAAGCAGUACAUAAAAGCAGAACGUUGUCUUUUUAUGUAGGCCUUUCAAAUGGAUAGUGUGGCUUUUUAACUUUGAGGGGAAGCAUGCAACAGAGGCAGGUAAACAUUACCGUAUUUAUCAGGGAACUCUGUAAACUACUAGAGAUGCUGCUAUCUGGUUAGCUGAAACAUUACUGACAUGUCAAAAUUAAUUUUUACUUCUUUUGUAGUUUCAGUUAAUGGGGUUUAUGAAACAGGGAGUCUACUGUGUUCAAAAGAAGCAAAGACUGAUGUUCAAUGUGGGUUGCAAUGUUAACCAAUUCGAGAACACAAUUGUGUUUUGACUCCAAAUUUACUAGGUUCAAGAUCUUAUUUGAAUUAUUCAGAUAGUUACUGUAAAUGAGCCAGCCCUACUGUAAGCUAUAUUAGCUAAUGUUUCAGAUGUCAUGCUGUACAAACUGUUCUGAUGUUGAAUAUU